AUGAAGUUCUCUAUUUUUAUAAUCUCAUGUCUCGUUGUAUUGGUUUUGUUUUCUCCAAAUCCUACACAAAGUUGUGAAACCACUUGUCGAAAUGGAAUAAGUGAUGCUUUCGCUCAAGCUUACACAAAAGAAAUUACCAACUUAUUUAAAGAAUUUUAUAAUAACCUUAAAAUUUCCUUAUUCUAUAAAGUGUCUGGAAUUUCAAAAAGUACUCAAAAUGUAACUUAUGUUUCUUGCGUGAAUAUUACUAAUGAUACCAUGAAAUCUUUUGAAGCAAAUCUAAUCAACGUAGUUAGAAAUGGAAUUUUUAAUGAAGAACCUAAAUUCAAAGGUCAAUGUCAAAAUCCUCUUAGAGUUAAGCAACCACCUAAAGGUGUUAAUUGGACUUUAAGUGAUUGUCAAAAUCAAGAUUAUAUUUGUGGGAAUCCUCCAGCGAUUUGUCAUUUUAUGGAGUCUAUAGUGAACCCAAGAAAUAUCAAGAAUAUUAAUUUAGAUUUCAUUAAAUUCUUUACAAAAAGCUCCAAAUUUUUAAAUAAAAUUUCUACCCAAAUUUCAUCAAGAAUAAAGGAUAAAAAUAAAGCAAAAGCUGUCAUUAAUAACUUUAAUAAUCGUCUUAAUGAUUUUCAAAAAAACGUUUUUAGUAAAAAAUUUUGUACUAAUAAUGUUUGCGAUAAAUACAAUCCAAAUAUUAAAUUAAUACUUUUAUCCUAUCCUUAA